ACGUCACUGUGUCAUGUCGACGGGCAGCGUGCGCCAUCUUGAAGCGAAACCAAAUCACGGGCAGAUCCCGCUCGCCUCCGCUCGCUCUCAUUCCGCGCUCGUUUGCACUGUCCGCCCGGCUGAGCUCCAGGAUAAGCCGCACUGAAGGCUCAAGGCACAGGCACAGGCGAUGAUGGCAGGGGUUGGUGGAGGUAAUGAUUUCCAGUGGUGCUUCUCCCAGGUCAAAGGAGCCAUAGAUGAAGAUGUUGCAGAAGCGGACAUUAUCUCAACUGUUGAAUUUAACUAUUCGGGGGAGUUACUAGCCACAGGAGACAAAGGGGGAAGAGUCGUCAUAUUUCAGCGAGAACAGGAGAGUAAAAACCGCCUGCUCUCAAGAGGGGAAUACAACGUGUACAGCACCUUUCAGAGUCACGAGCCUGAGUUUGAUUACUUGAAAAGUUUAGAAAUCGAGGAGAAGAUCAAUAAAAUCAGAUGGCUCCCGCAACAGAAUGCUGCACACUUUCUCCUUUCUGCAAACGAUAAAACCAUCAAACUAUGGAAGAUCAGUGAAAGGGACAAACGAGCGGAAGGAUACAACCUUAAAGAUGAAGACGGAAGACUGCGAGAUCCGUUUCGAAUCACAACACUACGGGUUCCUGUGCUGAUGCCGAUGGACUUGAUGGUGGAAGCAAGCCCACGCAGAAUAUUUGCUAAUGCACAUACAUAUCACAUCAAUUCCAUUUCAGUAAAUAGUGAUUAUGAAACAUACCUUUCUGCAGACGACCUCAGAAUAAACCUCUGGCAUUUAGAAAUCACAGAUAGAAGUUUUAACAUUGUAGAUAUAAAACCAGCUAAUAUGGAGGAGCUGACGGAGGUGAUAACGGCGGCCGAGUGUCACCCACACCAGUGUAACGUCUUUGUAUACAGCAGUAGUAAAGGAACCAUCCGCCUCUGUGACAUGAGGGCCGCCGCGCUCUGCGAUAGACAUAGCAAAUUUUUUGAGGAACCUGAAGAUCCCAGCAGUCGGUCGUUCUUCUCAGAAAUCAUCUCCUCCAUAUCUGAUGUCAAGUUCAGCCACAGCGGUCGAUACAUGAUGACCCGCGAUUACCUCUCCGUUAAGGUUUGGGACCUGAAUAUGGAGAACCGGCCCGUAGAGACCUACCAGGUACACGAGUACCUACGUAGCAAGUUAUGCUCUCUUUACGAGAACGACUGCAUUUUCGACAAGUUUGAGUGCUGUUGGAACGGUUCAGACAGUGCCAUUAUGACGGGUUCCUACAACAAUUUCUUUAGGAUGUUCGACAGGAACACGCGCAGGGACAUCACACUGGAGGCGUCGAGGGAGAACAGUAAACCCCGUGCCAUGCUCAAACCCCGCAAAGUCUGCACGGGCGGCAAACGGAAGAAAGACGAAAUCAGCGUGGACAGCCUGGACUUCAACAAGAAGAUCCUACACACCGCCUGGCACCCGAAAGAGAACGUCAUAGCUGUGGCCGCCACCAACAACCUGUAUAUAUUCCAGGACAAAGUUAAUUAAAAAAAAGAGAGAGAGAGUGAUUUAAAAACCAAGAAGAAACAUAAAUCAAGAAAAAGAAACAUCCCCUCCUCCCCGUUCCCCUCCCCCCCCACCCCCGCGCAGGUCGGAGGACGCUCAAGAAAUCUCGUACUUUGCAAUGAUAAGCCUAGUCGUUAAAUCUGUAAGAGAAAUAUGGCCCUGUUAUCAACCUGACAAUGAAGCAAAGCACUUCUAGUUAAGCAGGAAGCUGAGAGACAGACUAUAUAUUUUGGGGAAAAAAUCCCUCUUUGGGAAGGCGUCAGUAAUUCACAAUGACCCCAAACCAAAAUAAAAAACAAGAAAAGGCCGAUAUCAACCAACUCUCCAGCGACGGAACCGACAUCAAUCAGCAUUCGCAAAAGUCAUACAUGUAUUCGUCUUUCGGCUGAGCCUUACGUUUUUAUGAUUUGACGACCAAAAGUAUGGAAACGCACCAGGAUGAGUAACGUCUCGCUGUCAAUCGUAUGUACUCGCUGUUCGAAAUACAGGCCUUCAUGAGCGCUUGUUUAAUGCCUGUUAACAUUCCUUCCUCUGGCCAGACUCUCAGGCCUUCAUGUUCUACCUUUUAAGCACUUAAAACAGGUCUCCAUUUUGGUCAGUGGACUUUUUUUUUUUUUUUUUUUCAUUCGGUUUUAUUUUUGUUCUGUUUUGAUUUUAUACUUUUUUCUUGUUUUCUCAUGCAUAAUAAUAUCUACUCACUGACUGUAUCUAUAUAUUACACCAUCUGGUGUCAAACCACUUAAUAAAAGUAACAUAACUACAAAGAGAAAGCGUUUUUACAUUAUGAGCAGGUAUGUAUGAUUUUUACGUUCUAUAUUUGCAUGUAAUCUGCAUAUGUAGAUCUGGAGCGCCAGUGGUUAAAAUGUGAAAUCAUCCUGCUGAACCCAAACCUGCAGCGUUAUUGGGGAAUUCCAUUCAAAACAUUUGAAAUUUGGCGAUUGAUGUGACUUUCCACGAAAACAAAAUGGCCCGAUUUUUUAUUUUAUGAACGCAGCAUUUGCUUGCAUGUUGGACGAGUCUAAAAAAGCCAGAAAACGCAAUUCCCUCAUAAUGUUCCAGUUGGGAAGCAAAUCUCCGUAUUGUACUACUUGAAUUUGCAGUUGCACUGUUUGAUUGAGGACAUUGGCCAUGAAAAGCAUCAGUAUUGCCGUCUGUUUCGCUUUAGAGUUUUCAUUUUAUUACAUUUUUCUUUUGUUUUUACUUCGUAAAGGGAUUCUACCGCCUUAAGUCUGUCUGUAUGUCCUAUAACAAUCCUCAACCGGUAAUCUUGAGGACUAGAUGAUCUCGAAAACCUGUUGCCCAUACGACGCCCAGCUAUCUUCGACAUGCAUUAUUUUUUAUUUUAGCACUCCAUUUGUCCAUUCAUGUGCUGCUAUGGUUUGUGCGGCUUAGUAUUUGGACACUAAUAUACGAGAUAUCGUACGGUCGGUGACGACCGUCGCAGAACACUCAAAUCAAAACCGAUGUGUUCAGUGCCUCUUGAGACAAAACUGGCUUUCUUCCAGUCAAUCAAAGAUAACGGAUCACAUCCUGAUGUCGAGAUGCUCCUUGCGCGCAAAAGAGACGUACGUCGUGCGGGAGUUGAUCUAAAUGGAUUUAUCUCGCAUCAGGAUGCGGUUUAAAGAAACCGGUGACAACAUACAGUUUGUGUGCUGCUGAAUUUUGACAUGCGGCUGCCAAACUGAUGUCAAAAUGACAAACGUAACUUAACGGUUGACAAAUACAAAGUUGUUGUUGUUCUAGCUGAUUGUGACGCUCUUUAAAUCUGGGAACUGACAGGUCGGAUACGUACUCACAGACCUUGUUCCUUGUUAAAUGAUGAUGAUGCUAACAUUGUGAAAGUGUACACUUGUUUGAUUAUUUUUGACCAAAGUUAAAUAAAAUUUUAAAUGUGUUUAUCUGAA